AAAAGAUUUUUUGUUUAUUGUUUCACUAUUUCUUUAUAUCAAUAUAUCAUCGUAUAUCAUCAAUCAUUAUAAAAUUAAUCCAUAGCAAAAUUUAUUGAUUAUCAUCAUGGUCAAAAAUAAUGGAAAAUAAAGACAAAGUUGAACAAGUUCCACAAAAAACGUGUCCUGAAGAACCGAUCCAACAAGAGCAACCAAAAGAAAAAAACAAUAAAGUUCCUUUAUUAUUAAUACCGACUGGCAAUACACCGAUAUUGAAAAAGAAAAAUUUUAAAGUUGAUUCAAAUUUUACCAUUGGCCAAUUAAAAGUGUUGAUCAAAAAAUUUUUAAACUUAGAAUCAAACGAAGCCUUAUUUGUAUAUGUGAAUCAAAUUUUUGCACCAUCAUUAGAGCAAACAGUACAGAAUCUUUUUGAUUGUUUUGGCUGUGAUGGAAAAUUAAUACUCUAUUAUUCAAAAGCACAAGCCUGGGGUUAA